AUGGAGAAGAAGAGUGAUAAUUCAAGGGAUGCUGAAACUGAUCAAGAAAUUGUUGGACUUUUAGAUAAUGUAUUCUCAUGGACUCUCCAAGAUGUUCUGAAUGAAAAUCUCUACAAAUACAAGGUUAAUAAAAUUCCAGAGACGUUUAAAUCACCAGAAGAUUACAAGAAAGCUUUUAUUCCACUAUUGCUGGAGGAAACACACACUGAUUUAUCUUCAAGUUUGUUAGGCGUGGCUCGAGCACCUUUCUGUGAAAUCUUGAAACUUAAAAGAGACAGCAAGCUAUUCAAGCUUCCCAAACCAUUGUUCUAUAAAAUACAGUUUAAGAAAAAUGUUGGAAAGUAUGAACCUGAGUUUGGUGAUCUCAUUCUGUUCACAGAUAUUAGGCCUAAAAGUGUCGAUGACUUGAAGUUGAACACUGCUAAUAGUCCCUACCAUAUUGCUUUUGUUUAUGGUCCAACUCGAAAAUCUGAUGAAAUCCAAAAAGUCCAAGUUUUGUCAUCCAAAUGCAUCAACACUGAUUUUGAAUCUAAUACGAGGGAUAACGAAACUCAGAAACUGUAUGCAGUUUACCUUAUGAACAUGGUAACAAAUGUUCGGAUUUGGAAAGCCUUGAUAUCAAAGUCACAUGGCAACAUUAUUGAAAAAGUCUUGCGACCGGAUCAAAAUAUUGGAGAAAACUGUCAAAUUUGUCUGUCCGAAACAAAUAGUCAUGCGUCAUUCAUCAAAGAAGACGCGAUAAUUUGUUCACAGAAACUGAAUGAAUCUCAAGAAGACUCAGUUUUGAGCAGUGUUGAUAUGACAAAUUGUCAUCAUUCUAAUGUCAAACUUAUAUGGGGACCUCCAGGGACUGGGAAAACAAAGACCGUUGCAUGUUUAUUAUUUUCUCUACUCAAGUUAAAAACUAGAACACUGACUUGUGCUCCGACUAAUACUGCAAUUUUGCAGGUUGCAAUUCGGUUGCAUAGUUUGGUAAUGGAUUCCCUUGAGCAUGAUACAUAUGGUUUAGGUGACAUUGUGCUAUUUGGCAAUAGUAAGAGAAUGAAAAUAGAUUCUUAUCGGGGGAUCGAAAAUAUUUUUCUUGGUAAUCGUGUUAAAAUUUUCAAGAAAUGCUUUCAUCCAGAAACUGGCUGGAAGAAAACUUUGGAAUUAAUGAAAAAGUUGCUUAGGGAUCCUCAAGAGGAGUAUUUAUUAGAGAUAUGUGCAUAUCGUGCCUAUCGUGCUUACAAGCAAAAUAUUGGGAAUGAAGCAUGGAAAGAUAUUGCAGGGUCAAACCUAAUGGUUGAGCAUGAUAUAAAGAAAAGCAUCAUGCCAAUGGAGCAAUUUGAAGAUCAGAUAUUCAUGGAAAAGUCGAUCAAAAAGAAAGAAUUCAUGGAAUUAAGAGAGCAACUCAAGCUUUGCACACAAACCUUAUUCGCACGCUUUACCGAGUUGUUUAAAGGCCAUAGAGAACAACAUUUCUUAGAGAAAGGUGAUUUAUCCGGCGAAGAUGUGAAUGAUUAUCCUACGACGUUUGAGGGAUUUCUGCAGAAGGCAUGGAAAGAGAUUGCACAGACAUACCAAUUGGAUGAUGAUGAUGAGAAUGCAUGUGUGUUGACAAUGGAGCAAUUUGUCAAGCAGAGAUUUGUGUAUUUAAGAGAUGUUCUUGAGUUCUUAAAUCAUGCCUUAUACACUCAUUUACCAAAAUCAUUUGUUUCACUUGAAACCGUGAAAGUUAUGUUACAAGCUCGAAGUUUGUUCGAGUCUUUUGAAAAUGACUUCAGUCAUGCUAAAUUCAAGCAAACUCUCUACAACUUUGAAGAACAAUAUGUGUCUGAUUGCUUUGGGACAUUAUGCGACAAAAGGGACCAGAUCCUUAGCACUCUAAAUUUUUUAUCUAGCUCAAUUUCUCUCCCUAGUAUUUAUAAGAAAUAUGAAAUAGAAAAAUUUUGCUUGUCAAAUGCAUGUCUAAUUUUAUGCACAGCUUCAAGUUCUGGUAAACUUUACACAGAAGGAAUGACUCGGGUGGAAUUUUUAGUCAUCGAUGAAGCUGCGCAGCUAAAAGAAUGUGAAUCAACAAUCCCAUUGCAGCUUCCGGGGCUUAGCCAUUGCAUUCUUAUAGGUGAUGAGAGACAGCUUCCUGCAUUGGUCAAAAGCAAGAUUGCGGACAAAUGUGAAUUUGGUCGAAGUAUGUUCGAGAGGCUUGUUAUGUUAGGAUUCAAAAGGAAAAUGCUCAAUGUUCAAUAUAGAAUGCAUCCAUCCAUAAGCUUAUUCCCAUGCAAAGAGUUCUAUGAAGAGAAGCUUUCUGAUGCCGCCAUUGUCAUGGGAGAAAGCUAUAAUAAGAGUUUCCUUGAAGGAGAAAUGUAUUCUUCUUAUUCUUUUAUUAACAUAGCUGAGGGUAAAGAGAAAUCUGGCCGUGGACAUAGUUUGAAGAAUAUGGUUGAAGUUGCCGUUAUUUCUGAGAUAAUACAAAGCCUUAAAAAAGAGUUUAUGAGGACAAAGAAGAAAGUUAGCAUAGGAAUAAUAUCGCCAUAUAAUGCUCAAGUUUAUGAAAUCCAGGAGAAAGUUAAGCAGUACACUCGGGUUUCUAAUUCGGACUUCUCUGUUAGUGUUCGUUCUAUUGACGGUUUUCAAGGCGGUGAGGAAGACAUUAUAAUAAUAUCUACUGUGAGAUCUAAUGGAAGUGGCAAAGUUGGUUUUCUUUCAAAUAGACAAAGAACAAAUGUGGCUAUGACUAGAGCUAGAUAUUGUCUUUGGAUAUUAGGAAAUGCGGCUACUCUAAUCAACAGUGAUUCUGUUUGGAGAAAUGUAGUUCUUGAUGCUAAGAGAAGAGAUUGUUUCCAUAAUGCGAAUGAAAACAAGAAACUAGCCGGCGCUAUUGAGCUCGAACUACUUGAAGAAUCAGAGUCGCGGUUUAAAAAACUAACUUUGGGUGGAAAAUAA